CCCUCUCCCUCGGACCCUAUAAAACAUCCACCUCUGCCCCAGGUUCUUCAGUCUGUUCCAGACCAGCAUCACCAACAGAUCCACCAUGAAGUUCGUGGCUCUAGCACUAGCCAUUCUCCUGGCUGCAGGUUGCCAGGCCCGCUCCAUGCAGGCAGAUGCGCCGACUCAAUACGAACAGAUAAGGUCUGCAGUUGUGACAUACCUGGGUCAGGUAAAGGAGACUGCACAGAAGGCCAUCGACCGCCUUGAUGACGCCGAGUACAAGGAAGUCAAGGAUCGCCUCACCCUGUCCCUGACCAGAAUCGAGACCUUCUUGGAAUCUGCCUCCGAGUCUCUCAAACCAGUCAGAGAGACCUUUGGCCCACAGCUACUGGAAGUCUUUGCCGGUGUCCGUGAGAAGGUGGAGAAAGAUGUAGAGGAACUGCGCACAGAGCUGGCACCCAAGCGUGAGGCCCUGCGUGAGGUGGUGGUGAAGCACAUUGACGAGUACCGCGAGAAGCUGGAGCCUCUGCUGAAGGAGUAUACCGAGAAGAACCGCGAGCAGAUGGAGUACUUCCGCGGCAAGUUCGAGCCUGUGUUGAAGGAGCUGCGGGAACUGAUAAAGACCAACGUGGAGGAGACCAAGUCCAAGCUGACACCCAUCGUGGAAGUGCUGGUCAAAAAGGGGCGCGAGCGCCUGGAAGAGGUGAAACAAGCCCUCGACCCUUACAUCCAGGAGUACAGGGAGCAGGCAGGAAGCACCUUGACCAGCCUUCGGGAGCAGUACGACUCCGGAGAACUGCACAAGAAGAUCUCUGGUCUGAUAGAAGAGGUUAAGCCACAGUUAGAGAAGAUUGCCGAAUCUGUCCAGAAGGCUUUCAAGGAAUAAACAUCCUCUUGUCCACUUCCUUGCACACCGAAACGUGGCCUCAAAGGCCCGUUUAUUCCCACACCCUGUUACUAACAUCCGAGUCUUCAAAGCUUCAUCAUACAAAUGGAUUCUUUCCCCACAUCUACUCACAUUCACGUGCACUUUCCACUCACCAUGGGUUGAUGCAGCAACCGGACUUUUAUUUUCUUGCCAAGCUUAACACAUGCUUAAAUAGAUGCAACCUGUUUUUGUGCAACAUUCGGGCUUUUGCUGUGCUUCUUGUGUUGUCAAAGAAUGUGACAAAAAAAAUGGAUCAAUAAAAAACAGACUGUUUCAUACAAA